AUAUGGGCGCGCUGGCGGGUCGCGGCUCCCGAGCAGCUGCUUAGCGCCUCGCCGGACUCGCCAUGACCGCCGGAGCGCCGCGCUGCGCCGCCCUGGCCCUGGGGCUGCUGGGCACCGCCUGCCUGGCGCUGGGGGUCGUGCUGCUCGGCGCGCUGCCCAUCAUCGUGCGCGAGGAGGUCAUCAAGAAUGUGAGGAUACAGCCCGACAGCUCGUUUUUCCAGCUGUGGAAAGAAAUCCCGGUCCCUUUCUACUUCUCAGUCUAUAUCUUUGAGGUGCUGAAUCCGAAUGAAGUUCUUAAUGGAAUGAAACCGGCAGUAAGGCAGCGUGGACCGUAUGUCUACAGGGAAUUUAGGGAUAAAAAAAACAUCACCUUCCACAAAAAUUAUACAGUCUCCUUCCUGGAGUACCGGCGCUUCUACUUCCAACCAGACAUGUCAAAUGGAACAGAAGAAGAUUAUGUUGUUGUACCAAACAUCUUGGCGCUGGGAGGUGCAGUGAUGAUGGAGCAUUAUCCACCUUCGGUGAGGGUGGCAAUUAGCACUGCUUUCUCCUUCUUCAAGCAGAAGGGCUUCAUGAACCGGACGGUUGGAGAGAUUUUGUGGGGCUAUGAAGACCCCCUCUUGAAGUUCCUGAACACCAUCAAACCUGGAUUGGUUCCAUUCAAUGACAAGUUUGGUUUAUUUGUCGAUUUCAACAACAGUCAUAUGGGGAUGUUCACAGUGAACACGGGUGUUGAUGACAUUUCUAAAGUCCAAAUGGUGGAUAACUGGAAUGGAUUAAAAAAGGUAUCAUAUUGGAGGUCUGACCAGUGCAACCAAAUCAAUGGAACGGCUGGAGAAUUGUGGCCUCCGUUUAUUACCCCUUCCACACCUAUAGAGUUCUACAGUGCUGACGCAUGCAGAUCUAUGCGUCUGCAGUACAAGGAUUCUGGAGAAUUCCAAGGCAUACCUGUCUACCGUUACGUGACUCCAAAAACCUUGUUUGCAAACGGAACAGACUAUCCACCAAAUGAAGGCUUCUGCCCAUGCCGGGAGUCAGGAAUCCAGAAUGUCAGCUCUUGUCGGCUAAAUGCACCCGUAUUCCUAUCCCAACCUCACUUCUACAAUGCCGACCCAGCGCUGUUGGAGACAGUGGACGGCUUGCACCCCAGCGAGCAAAAGCAUGGUUUAAUCUUGGAAUUGCACCCGCUGACUGGAUCGCCCCUCAAUGUGUCUGUCAGGUUGCAGCUGAGUCUCUUUAUAAAACGCGUCCCCCUCAUAAUUCAAACACAAAAGAUCAAUCCAGUUGUACUGCCUAUGCUGUGGUUUGAAGAGCGUGGAGUGAUCGAAGGGCAUAUCGUAGAUCAGUUCUAUACUGAUUUAGUGCUGAUUCCGUCUGUGCUGGGAUAUUUACAGUACUGUGCUGUUGCUCUCGGAAGCGUCCUCUUAAUCAUUACAAUUUUCCUGUGGCUCAAGAGCAAGGGAAAGUGCUUUUUGUUUUCGAAUAGUAAUAGAGAGGCCUUUGCAGAGAAAACCAGCACCUCAGCAGUUCGAAAGAAAGUGAAACUGUAGAAGGACAUUCAAGCGAAGGCCCUACAGGCACUAGACCCACGGAACGGCGAACCACGGGACCCAGCCACUGCCUCACUUCUGCGAAAGAACUCGAGCUUGAAUAACAACAUUGACAACUGACAUGGGACUCUUUGGCCUUGUAGCAGAGGAGAUCUGUGCACUUUUUUUGAUGUGUGUGACUAGUACGUGACAGGGGGGGACGAACCCUCUGGGACUCUGGAUUCCAGGAAGCCUAUGAUGCUGCUUUUUGUGCAAACUUGUAGCCAACUGCUGGGAAGCUUCUUUGCAAAGACAAGAAGACAUUCAGUGGCUGUUCUGUCCAUCUUAAAGAGGAACGGAGAGCAUGCGUCUAGCAAGAUCUCUGCCGGACUAGAAGAGUAACAAUCCAGUGCCACGUUUCUUUUGCAUUAAAAAGGCUGUCUUCUCUAAAAGCAGGCCGCUUAGUUUUUUUAAAAUCUAAAGGCACACGCUGAUAUGGUAAAGUAGGUUUCUCAGGUGUACUUAAUUGCUACCCCUGUUUACUUGUCUGUAUUUGUGGCUUCUAUGCAAGUCUGUUUACUGCUGUAGAUCAAAAAAUGACUUUGGCUGGCAUCUCUAUUGCCUACAAGCUGGCCUCUAUUACUCCUGUGCACAUGUAGAGACUUUCUUGCUCAUAGCAGCUCCUGAAAAGCUGCUUGUGAACUUCAGAAUCCCUCUGGAGCAACCGUCAAUGCAACGUGGGUUCCAAUCAGAAUCAUAAAUGAGAGGGAGUUUCUUGUAUGUCCACGAAAGCUCUUCGAAUGCCAGUGCAAGGCUUUUUGGAUUUUUGCCCUGGCAAUUAACCCUUUCAACUUUUUGCACCCCAAAAUAGUGAUCACACACUGCCUAGUAAUGCUGUCACUUUUGUAUGUUUUAUAUCUUAUGGGAAACUUAGAUACAUUUGUUGUAAGCUGUUUUUAAUGGCAUUACAUUUCCAGGUUUGGUCUAGUAAAAGGGUUUUAAUAAUGGUCCCUUUUUUUAUGGUGGGUGGGAAGAGAAGAGAAAGAAGAUCACCUGUACGUUUUCAGCAUUUUAGAACAAAGCAGCAGUCUAACUUUGUGAAAAAAAACACGAGCUUUGCUUUUUCCUAAAGCAUUCCUGGCUUUUCUUCAAACAUUCCAGGAACGCCUGCCUGCCUGGACCACACUGUUUUUUGUACUUGACCCCUCUAUUCCCAGUGCUGAUAAGAGGCACCUGUUUUUUUAAAAAAACCAAAUAAGUUGCUAAAAUGACACUACUUUCUCUGUUCCCAAUUGCUCUGUGAAAAUCUCAACUGUGUUUUCCUCAGAAAAUUAAAAUAGUUGUCAACUUUU